AACAUCAUGUGCAUAUCCCUCUAGAACACCCCGAAACCCAAGCCAACUCGCUCACUGUAUCAGUACAAGUCCGACUCAUACGCAAUCUUCAAGCCAUAGGGGCAGCGACCUACAAUUUCUCGAAUGGCAAUCCCCGAGGCCUCCACAGACGGCACGCAGAACGAGGGAGAAAGCCCCGACAACUCUGACAAACCCGCUCACAUCGUCAAUCAAUUUCAGAACAAGCUCAGCCUCGCGAAAAGCAACGGCAUGGACGGGCCAAGACCCAACGGCAACCCAAUCAACCAAGAUCCAAACGCCAACUUCCCCUUGCCUCCGCCAGACUCCCUUAUGACCGGCACAAAGCAACCAGGCCUCACCCGUGCCGCACUCGAGAAGCUGGCUGCUGUCCAGCUCGACAGUGCUGUCUCCACCUCCUCUUCCUCAGACCAAAACCACACAAACGGCAAGCCCUCGUCCCACAAGUCGUCGCCGAUGAAGCUCUCCAUCAGCCCAGCAACUGCCGUGGAGAACCCAUCCGGCUUCCCAUCCCCAACUCCAGCCUCGCCGACAGACAGCUACUGGGAUGCAAGUGCGCCACCGAGCAGAGCCCCUAGUAGGCCCGGAAGCAGGGCCCCAAGCAUGUCUGCUGGAUUCUCGGGUGGAAAGAUCUUGGGAUGGACAGCUCCAACAGCAAGCCGGGAGCGGAGAGGCAGCAAGCCCGAGACCCCCGCACCUGCACGCAAGCCUGCCUCGGUCCACUCCGACAAGGGUGAGGGUCACAAAUUCAACCUCAAAGACCUUCUCGGCGGUGGUACCAAGCUCAACAGGAAGAGCUCGCAGAGAUCGACGUCAUCUAGGCGUUCAGAUUCUGAUGCAGGCGAUGGCCGUGCCAAGAGUACCGGUGGGGAGAGUGCAGUCAGUCUGACGCAAAAAUAUGGUGUAUGUCAGAAGGUCGCUAUCGGCAAGGGCGCCACCAGUGUCGUUCGGCUAGCGCACAAGUGGGAUAGAAGCGAGGAGAAAUUGUAUGCCAUCAAGGAGUUCCGCAAGCGUCGCAAGAACGAAUCGGAAAAGGAAUACGUCAAGAAGCUCACCUCAGAGUUCUGCAUCUCCUCGACCUUGCACCACCCCAAUGUAGUCGAGACGGUUGAUUUGAUCCAAGACGAGAACCUGCACUGGUGUGAGGUCAUGGAGUUCUGUCCUGGAGGAGAUCUGUAUGCUGCAAUCAAGAGAGGUGGCAUGAGCCCCAGUGAAGUCGAAUGCUGCUUCAAGCAAUUGCUGAAUGGCGUCAAGUACCUUCAUGGCCAAGGUGUCGCUCAUCGCGACUUGAAGCCAGAAAAUUUGUUCUUCGAUGCAAAGGGUUAUCUCAAGAUCGGUGACUACGGUGCAUCGACGGUUUACCGUCUACCAUGGGAAACCACGGUCCAUAUGUCUUCUGGUUUGUGCGGCAGUGAACCCUACAUUGCUCCUGAACAGUUUAUGGGCAAACCCUACGAUGCUCGGCUCGUUGAUAUCUGGGCAUGUGGGAUUGUGUACUAUUGCCUGCACUUCCAGGAGCUCCCGUGGCGCGCUGCUCAACCUGCAACGGAUCAGCUCUACGCUGCGUACGCAAAGGCUUGCGCGAGUUCAUCGGACUCGAGUGAAUGUCCAGCGACAAUUCAGAACCUAAGUCCCAAGCAGUGCCGGCCGCUCAUUCGCAAGAUGCUGGAGCCGCUUCCCUCCCGUCGGUAUACCAUCGAGGACGUCAUUUCUCAUCCAUGGGUUCAGUCGAUCGAGGUCUGUCAUGAAGUUUCAGAACCAAAGCAUGUCCACGUGAGUGCUCGAGAAAUGGGGUCGGUGUAUGCGGACAAGACCUAGUCGAAUGUCAUUCGACCGGCACGAUGCACACUCUUUUCACCAUUCGUAUACCCUUUCUCUAUCAUUCAUCCACCUCCAGCACAAAAUGGUGUUUCUUCCCGCAUAACAUUCUUAGUGGAGAAUCAUGCUUUCUAGGCGGGUGUUAUGCUCGGAGGUUUGGGAGAGUUUUUAAUUCUUCUCCUUGGAAAUUUGUUACUGAAAUCAUCUUCUUUCCGAAGUCGUUUUCACCUACAUAUUUCUUUCUUUCUUGUUGAAUAGGCUCUCCCUGCGUUUUUCCCUUUUUAUCUCGUCCCCCGACCACCUCCCGGCGCCUCCGUUCAUGACGCCCCCUUUUUCUUCUUAUUCUUCCUACCCUACCAACUAUCUGUUCGUUUGCCUGCCCCCCUCUCGAAUGGUUAACCUUCUUUUAUACUUCUGUUUCGAUGAACGUCAGCUUUGCCGUCGUCGUCUUUUUGACCCAUACUUUUUUUGCUACGUACCUUCGUUCUGUCAGUUCUUGUCAGUCAAGUCCACUCGUACGAUCCCGUCAUGAUGUCCUUCCCCCAGUAUCUUAUCUAUUGUCCAUGACUUUCUAUCAUCCUUUGUGUGCUCCCUGUUCGAUCUGUCGUAUUGGCUGGCAUGUGGAAUAGAUGUAUCACUACACGUACC